AGAGAGGCAGGGGAUGUGGUAGGGUGCGAGCGAGCGAGCGAGCGAGCGCGGGUAGAGGGCUGGAGCUUUGGUCCUGGUGGCGGCCACCUGGGUCGGCAUAUCCUUAGGCGGGAGAGGAUUGCAUCGAGCCCCGCGAGGCGAUCGGGUCCCCGCGGCCCCAGGAAAGUUAAACGCCCCUCCCCCACCCCGGGACAAAGGCACCGAAACCCGGGACGCCCCUCCUCCACCUGCUUGGACUCUGUGGGGCGGGACUACCUUCCCCCUUACCUGGAGGCGCGGACCCAGCUGCGGGCGCCGCCAUUAAGCCCCUCCUGGUCGCUCAUUCCUGGGCUUGGAUAGCCAAUCCGUCCAGGGUGGCCGAGCGGGACAGUACGCCCUCGGACAAAGCCUAGUGAGCAGUCGGCGCCCUCAACCUCAUCAUGGCCUCCGCUGGUCUGCAAAUCUUGGGGAUCGCCCUGACCCUGCUCGGCUGGGUCAACGCCCUGGUGUCCUGCGCCCUGCCCAUGUGGAAGGUGACCGCCUUCAUCGGCAACAGCAUCGUGGUGGCCCAGGUGGUGUGGGAGGGGCUGUGGAUGUCCUGCGUGGUCCAGAGCACCGGCCAGAUGCAGUGCAAGGUGUAUGACUCUCUGCUGGCGCUGCCCCAGGACCUGCAGGCCGCCAGAGCCCUCUGCGUUGUCGCCCUCCUCAUUGUCCUGCUCGGCAUGAUGGUGUACCUUGCUGGGGCCAAGUGCACCACCUGUGUGGAUGAUAAGAAUUCCAAGUCUCGCCUGGUGCUCAUGUCUGGGAUCAUCUUCGUCCUCUCCGGCAUCCUGAUCCUCAUUCCUGUCUGCUGGACGGCCCACUCCAUCAUCCAGGACUUCUACAACCCCUUGGUGGCUGAUGCUCAAAAGCGGGAGCUGGGGCCCUCCCUCUACCUGGGCUGGGCAGCCUCGGGCCUUCUGCUGCUGGGUGGGGGGCUGCUGUGCUGUGCCUGCUCUUCGAGAGGGACCCGGGGACCCGGCCAUUACAUGGCCCGCUAUUCCACGUCUGCCCCACAUUCAGUUUCUCGGGGACCCUCCGAGUACCCCACCAAGAAUUAUGUCUGAUGCUCCCUGGGAAGUGAGGCUCUGUUCAUUAGCCAGGGAACCCUAGGACCCUGAGCUGAGCCAUCAAGAAAUGAUGCCAGUAGCUUUGUUUGUUGCGGUACUUUGUACUGAACCCGGGGCCCCACGCGUUUGGUAGGCCAAGCGCUCUACCCGUGAGUGCUGUGGUAACCUGCCCCUAGGCUUGGUUCCAUCUGUUUUUGAGAGCUCUCCUGGAGCUCUGACUGGCCUCCAGCUUUAGCUUUCCAGGCUCCGCCUAGCUCUGCUGCUGGCAUUGUGGUAGCACGUCGCUUGGGUUUCUGUGUCUUUUUUCACUCUGGGAAUCUUCUCUGGACCCUGUUUUAAGGCUGCUUGUGAAUCUGGCCUUUGUGAUCCUCAGGAUGGCCUGUCCCAAGAGUUCCUGCUGCUGCUGGAGGUAACUCUUAGGACAGAUACCCCGCCCCCAUCCUUGUCAGACUUUCCCAGUCCUGGAAAGGCAGGUGAUAAGUUACCAAAGAAUUUUCUCCCCUGAGUCUUCCAACCUUUGACCCCUGAAUCCCAUCACCAAAGUUAACCCAGACUCUCCCAAAUAAGGUCCCAGCUGUGCUGCAGACUCCACCCCACACCUCUAACCCUUGCACAUUUACCUGCCCACAAUGUUUUACUAAAUAAAACAUUUUUUUACAAAUAA